AAGUCGUUGUUUCUCCUUCAGGACACAGAAAGCUUCUUGAUGGUCCAACAAGACCCAGCUAAAGAUAAACUUCGCUGUCCGUUCAGCCCGCUGCAGAAGAACAGCGCCAUCACUGUCGACGACGAGCUGUUCACCGCCACCACCACCGACUUCAGAGGAGAGAAACCUCAGAUCUCACGACACUUCAGCAAAGACGGACGCCAAGACGUCAGCCAGGACUCGUCUUUCAGUCUCCUGGAGGAGCCAGCGUUUGUCGGCUCGUCGUCGGACCCGACAGACGGGAAGCUCUACUUCUUCUUCAGUGAAGUUGGGAAAGAGUUCAUCUUCGUAGAUGAGCUGCGGAUCGCUCGAGUGGCUCAAGUCUGCAAGGACGAUGUUGGCGGACAGAGGACUCUGCAGAAUAAGUGGACAUCCUUCGCCAAAGCGUCUCUGCUCUGUCAGCUUCCCAAACAGCUUCCCUUCAACGUUCUGCAGGACGUGUUCACCCUCCCGCCACCAGAGGGCGGCCUCGCCUCGGACACUUUGUUCUACGGCGUCUUCACCUCUCAGUGGUCCGUGGGUCCAGAAUCUGCCGUGUGCGUCUUUAAACUGCAGGACGUGAGGACGGUGUUCGCCGGGAGCUACAGGACCUUCGACAUGCAGACCCACCAGUGGAGUUCAAUUCAGGGAAAACACUCCUACCUGGGACAGUGUGGACUCAACAACGCUACAGAUUCUGAACUAGCACAAGUGAAGAAGAGUUUCCUGACCGGUGGCAGCGUGAAACCGAUGGAAGGCGGUCAAAUUGUUGUUUCUUCAGAGCAGCGGUACAGCCACGUGGCUGCGAUGAGGACGCUGGCAGCCAACGGCAAACAGUACACGGUCCUUUUUCUUCUGACAGAGUCUGGAUUCCUCCACAAAGUGGUUUUGUUGGGUCGAGGUGCGCAGGUCAUUGAGGAGAUUCAGGUCUUCACACAACCUCAGCUGGUGAAAAGCAUCGUCCUCUCCUCCAAGGGAGUGCUGUACGUGGGGACGUCAGAGGGCGUGACCGCUGUCCCCGUGUCCCGGUGCUCGAUCUACAGGACCUGCGGUCAGUGUGUGCUGGCCCGGGAUCCUCUGUGCGGAUGGAGCCGGACCGGCAGCGUCUGCACCGCAGUCAACGGCAGCCACGAGAACAUGACUCAGGACCUGGAAGACGACAACGUGGAGGAGAAAUGUCGAGGAGAGGGCGGCGCCGGCCGGCUCACAGUCAUCGCUCAUCUGAACGAAGCGGUGAGGCUUCAGUGUCUGACGCCUUCCAGCCUGGCCUCUUUGACCUGGACCUCCCCUCGAUUCAGGAACCUGCCAGAGAAGCUGUUCAUCCGGUCCGCUGACGGCAGUCUGAGCUUCUUCGCCACUGCCGACACCUUCGGGACCUACAGCUGCGAGGCGCAGGAAGGCGGCUACAGGGAAGUUAUCGCGAGCCACGAGGUCCGGCGGGCGGCAACUCCACGCUCCAUCAGCCCGUUUCCGAAGGCCGACGAAUCCCACAUGACCAACGAAGGCGAGUCCGACGAGGACAUUUUAACCGAAGCACCGUUCACUUCCACGCCGCGACCUUCAGGAGACUCCGAGACGUUCACCACCGAGCCCAUCGAGGGCUUCAACCCGACCCCGGGGCGAGACGGCCGGCCCUGGAAGGAGCCGCUGGACGGCCCUCGCCUCCAACAGCAGAGCUACUACAACGCGUUGGUAGUUGUUUCGAUCCUGCUGGCGGCUUGUGUCUGCCUCCUGAUGCUCGGGGGUCUCCACGUGUGGCGCCGAAGGGACGCUGGCCUCAAAACGAGUCCGCUGGUCAGUCCGGAGGACGGCAGCCGAAUAAACCGAGCGAUGGAGCGAGUUCCCUCUCUGAGCAGCCCGGAGGAGGCCGGCCCGGAGCUGAAGGUGGAGUGACCCGUCACUUCCUGCUGCGCCACAUCCUGGUGCUGAACAUAACAUCUUAACAUUAAGAGACGAAACACUCCAGUGACAUGAACGUGAUGUCGGAGAGACGGACCGCAGACCCUUUAAUAUAAUAAUGAUAUGCUAAUUUAAUAUACCGCUCGUUAGCACCUUUUUACUCUAGUAGGAAACAAACUGAUCGCAACAACAGGUGUUAACUUCCACACUUCAUCACAUUCACACAUUCACACAUUCACACAUUCACACAGGUACUGUUUAUAUUAGUGUUCUGAUUAAAUAUGUAAAUGAGGCAUUAUGUAAUGUAAUGUUAAAUCUACACACACAAAGUUACAAACACAAACUCUGAAGUUUCCUCUCGUCUGAGUUCUGGAAGAUAAAUAACACAAAUGUUUUCAGUGUCUUUAGUUUGAGACACGUUGAAAUAUUUAGUGUUUCAUUACAUAGAAAUGUUAUUAACUUCUUAGUUGUGAAGACCUUUGAUGAUCAGUUCAUGUCCCGUGUUGAGAACCCGGCUGAGUGUUGAGUCCUGCCUUUUGUUUUGAUGAACACAGUUACUGAAGGAUGAGAUUUAACACCUGCUGUGACUCGUUUCUCAUUUUCAGAAUGUUUUUCUGUUUAAUUAUCUUGAAAUGUAAAGAUGUUGAAUAUUUAUUGUUUCCCUUCAUUUAGAAUCUAAAUGUAAUCGUACCGGCUGUAAAUGUUUUACUGAGGAUCGUCUGCUGAAUCAUUUCACUUCCUGAACUCUGAACUUCCUCAACUGAAGUGUAUUUUGCUUUUUAAAACAUCUGCAGUAAAUAAAACUUUGAUGUCAUUUGUU